AUGGCUACUACGAACAACGACACAGCAACAGUAGGGCCGUCCACGGCUACAACUGACAACGAAGUCGAAUUAGCACUGCCCUGGCUCAUGGAAGAGCCUCAAAAGUUUCUGGACAGCUGGAACAAGACAUCCACUGCUCAGCAGCCACAAGGACAAAGCUCUCCUGGAUACAGAACUCUGACACUUCGGAUCUUCAUUUUUCACAAAGAAGAGAUUCUGCUGCAGCGGCAGGGUGAGGAUUGGAAGGUGCCUGCGUUACAGUACAGGACUGGGGAAGGUGACAGAGACGACGGCUGCAACUCCAUCCUCCAAAGAAUAGUCAUACAUCUCACACAGACCAACAUUCCUCGCGACGUGCUCCACGAACUCCAGUUCAUGGACUUCAGCCACGAUACCCCUGCAGCCCCAACACGUUUCCUUACUAUACCCACUCCCCACGCCCCUGACGACGAACUGGCUCUUUCGAUAGUCUUGACAACCUCCCAUCCUGCCCACGCCAACCAAAACGUUGCCGACUCCACUCAAAAUUCCAACCUGCCUCAAACCAAGACACUCCGCUGGAUGAGGUCGGGGGAGGAUUUCGAGAAAGUCCCUCUCGUCAGCUGGAUAAUCGACCCCAUAAACGGAGUCACACCAAUACAAAUCCUCGCUGCCCACGCGAGGCUCCUUACCUGCAAGAAAGACAAACUCGAGGACAGCAAGGUGGGCCCGCGCCCUCCCAUUAGAACUAUCUGCCUUUCGGCCCUCUUGGGCAUCGUCAUGACCCAGAAGCUCGUCGACCCCACAAUCGAGUUCUUCGACGCGAUCUUCACAGUCACUAAGAAGCCACGUAAGUGGUCCGUGGAGGUCAUUCGGGCGGAGAAAGCGGAAUUCGACAGAGUGCAGAUGCGCAAGGGAUAUAGGCACGGGAAUACCGCGCUUGAGGACGCGGGACGGUGUUACUGGAACAGCGUUCUCGAUGUUCCCGACAAGCCUUUCGAAUGGUUGAAGCUUUUUGAUACUAGGGGGAGGGUAGGGGGGGGAGACGAACAAGAUGUUGCUAGCUGGGGAGCUUACGAGAUGGUGCUCUGCGAAUGCCAUGGACAACAAUGCUUUCUCUUACUGGUGAAUAUGUCUUGCUCAGAAACGUGCAACUGUCUCCACCUUCUCACGCCUGCUACUUGCAUUGAUUUCACUCACAAGCCGCCGCACACCAAAGACUCCAUGGACGCGACCGCAGGUACCAGCCACUGGCUUAUGCUGACCCCUGAACAGUUCUUGGCCAGCUACGACAAGCAAAAAGAUGGGCUGCAGCGAUGCAACUCGCUUGCAAUUCGUGCAUUCAUCUUCGCCAAAAAGUCCUUGCUGCUAGUCGAACACGAGGAAAAGUUCAGCGACACACAAGACCAACUAACCAUACAAGACGAAGUGCUAUUCCACCUAAAUCAAUACGAAGGCAUACCUCGCUCCAUCACGCGAGAGUUGCAAUUCAUGGAACUUUCUCAACAACACCCCUUGAUCACUGCAUACUCAAAAGAAGCCAACGACGAAAGCAAGUCACGACAACUUUCUCUGUCUGUAAUCCUAACCACCGCCAGCGACCUUCUGACCAAACCGCUGCCCUCCCAUUUCCAUUGGGCAACCCAAGACGAAAUCCUCACCUCCGACAUCCCUCCCCUCCGACCAACCCACAGCAAACACUUCGAUCUGCACUACAUCGCACGAGCAGACAAAAGCUUUUCCGAAUGCCGCAAACCGACUUCUUCGCUCACCACCGAGACCAUCUCCCAAACCCUUAUCGCCAUCCUCAACGCGAGAUACUUCGCAGGGACCGAACCCAAUCUCGACAACGGCUGGAUUGCCCUUGCUGACAGUAAUUCACGGCGAUGGUCUCUGGGACUCUUCCCUGCGAACAGCAAAGAAGAAUCCUCAAGACCGGGCAGGAUCUUCGAGGGCGCAAGGGAGUAUCGAGUGGUCGGUUGUUGGAGAGGGUAUGGAAUUUUCUGGCGAGAGAAUGUGACGACGUGGGGAUCUGUGGUGGAUGGUGAGGGGAGGUUGAGGGUGAAUAUUGUAGCUCGGGGGAGGGUUGGGUGGUGGGUGCAUUUCGGUGAGGAUGCUUAA